AUGGAGUCUUCGCUCGCCGGAAACUUAGCUUCUGUUCGGGAGAUGGUGAUCAAAGAACUUGUUCAGGGUCAUGAAUUUGCAGCCCAGCUUCAGCUUGUCCUCAAUGAGCUCACCGAAUCUGGUCAUGACUCAGCCACGGCCAAGGAUCUAGUAACUAAGAUAUUGAGAUCGUUCAUGGAGGCUCUUUCAAUACUGAGUUACACUGAGUCCAGCAAGGUUCCAGCGAGUUCGCCUUGCCGGGAUCAACGUAGGAAAAACAUGCAAGAGACAUGGACAAGGAUUACUUCUAUGCCCAUUGAAGACUGUUAUACUUGGAGAAAAUAUGGGCAGAAAGAGAUCCUCAAUGCCAAACAUCUAAGGUGCUACUUCAGGUGCACCUACAGAUUUGAUCAAGGUUGUCAAGCAACCAAACAAGUUCAAAGAACAGAAGAUGAACCACCAAAGUUCUGGACUAAAUACAGUGGCCAACACACUUGCCAAGAUGUCCUCAAUGCUUCAUUAAUGAGCAUAGAUUCUACAGGUGAAGAGGGUCUUCUACUCAACUUUGAAUCAAACACUACCACCACCAAACAAGAUCCUCCUUUCUUCUCAUACUUCCCCUUAAGCAAGGAAGAACACAAGAAAUCCUUUCCUUCAAUAGAACAAAAAUACAACCCAUCUUCAUCAGAAUAUCUUCCACCACAAGAUCUAACUAAAUUCAAAUCAUCCAUACCUUCAUCAGCAUUACCAUCGACUUCGAAAUCGGGCCAUGGGGAGGUAGUUUCAUGGGGUACCAGCUGCAGCUCUUCCAGUAGUUUCGACAUGGAUAUGGAGUUGAUUGAUUCUGUUUAUCUCAAUAAUGCAUUCUAUGAUUAA